UCCUGGAGCUCCUGCAGAACCAGAGGAGGAGAAAAGAGGGUGGAAGAAUUUGGCCUCGAGUCUUGCAGCCGCCUUCAAACUGCUGGGAUGAGGUGGUUGCUGAUGGCGGCCAGUUUGUGGCUGCUGGUGGUCGUGACCGUCUCAAACGCCCAGGCCAGGAUCAGACCUCGCAACCAGGACGGUGAAAUUCGCCGGGGGAAGAAGAAGAAGGACGGACAAGGUCUUGGGCGGGCCAAAGCGGGGCACUCUAGACCUCUAAAGAUCAGACUGUUUCCUGGUCCCAACAUCCCAAUGGAGCCUGGAGACAACCAAGGAAACCCUCUGAUCCUGAAGUCCUACAAGAACCUACAAGAACAGCACUCCAGCUACAACGUUAUCCCAGGUAAGCAGGGCCAGUGUGUGUUCCGGGGUCUGACCAUGUUCGACCAGGCCGUCUGGUCUCCAAAGCCCUGUGUGACUUGUCUGUGUACCGGAGGGCGGGUGGUUUGUGACGAGGUCACCUGUCCCAUGGUGCACUGCCAUUUCCCCUUCACCCCCGCUGGGGAGUGCUGCCCCGUCUGCAUGGAGUCAGACCCUGACCUCAGCCUUGACCUUUCUGGUGACUCCCCAGUUCCCAACGACCCCGGCGAGCCUGUGACCCCGCUGACCCAGGAGGAGAUCCAGCGUAUCAUCUGGCGGGAGGAAGAGGAGCACCACGAGGAGGAGGAACGCCUGAGGAAGAAAGAUGAGGCGAGGAAGAAGAGGAGGAAGCAGAGGAAAGAGCAGGCGGAGAAACAAAGGAGGAUAGUGGAGGAUAAGAGGAGGGAGGAGGAGGAGGCGCUGAGGCUGCAGGUGGAGAAAGAGGAGGAGGAGUGGAGGAGGCAUAUUGAGGAGGAGGAGAGGAAGAGGGAGGAGGAGACGGGGAGGAGACAGGAUGAGGAAGACAGGAGGCUGAAGGAGGCCGCAGAGAGAGAAGCAAGGGAGAAGGAAAGGAAGCUAGAGGAGGAAAGGCGGAGACAGGAGGAGAUGCUGAGGGAGGAACUACUGGCUCUGGUGGAGGAGGAUGAGGAUGAGGAGGAGGAGGAGCAUGAAAACACAGAGGAGGAGGUGUGGCUGAGAGGAGAUGUGUUUGAGAUGCCCCGUAAAGAACCUGAAGAACCCGAGGAACCAGACCUCCUCCCCGCUCCGAUACCACGACCUCCUGCUGCGACGGAGGAGGAGCUGAAGGAGAUGGAAGCAGAGGUGGAGGAGGCAGAAGAGGAGGUGGAGGAGGCAGAGGAGGAGGUGGAGGUGGAGGAGGCAGAAGAGGAGGUGGAGGAGGAGGCAGAGGAGGAGGUGGAGUGGAGGGAUGAGGUGGUGUUAGAGAACAGAGGAGGCCUUCCUCCAGGCUGCGACAUCUCUGAUGUCACUCUGACGUGUGACAACAUCAAACUCACAUACUUCCCUCCUCUGUCCAUACCGGAGCUCAAGUCUCUCAGUCUGGAGGGCAACAACAUCAGCAGCAUCCCAGCAGAAGCCUUCAAUGGCAUCCCCAACCUGGAAUGGAUCAACCUCAAGAAAAACAAACUCACCUCUAACAGCAUUGAUGCCAAAGCCUUCAAAGGUCUGAAGAUGCUAAGGCGUCUGUACUUGGACGGGAACCUUCUAGAAGCCGCGCCCGCUGACCUUCCCCCGACUCUGCAGGAGCUGAAGAUCAACGAGAACAGACUGAGAGGACUCGAUGAAAACAGCUUCCAUGAUCUGAGCAGCCUGGUGAUUCUGGAGUUGGAGGGAAAUCUGCUGAGUGAGGGGAAUGUGGAUCCUUUGGCCUUCGCUCCCCUCAUCCAGCUUUCCUACCUCCGACUGGGCCGAAACCACUUCCGCACCAUACCACAAGGCCUUCCCAUUUCACUGCUGGAGCUGUACUUGGAGAACAACCUGAUUGAAGAAAUCUCAGAGACAGUUUUCAAUCAGACCCACAGUCUGAACGUGAUUUCUCUGAGUCACAACAGACUUGAUGAGACCAGGAUCGCCCCGCUGGCCUGGAUCAACCACAGAAAUCUGGAGUCCAUCGACCUUUCACAUAAUGACCUUUACAUGGUUCCAUCAUACCUGCCCAGAUCUCUGGUCCACCUGGUGCUGGUGGGAAACAACAUAGAGAGAAUACCUGGUUACGUCUUCGCCCACAUGGACCCCGGCAUAGAGUACCUCUACCUCUCUUACAACAAACUGGACGGGGAGGCGAUCGAGCCCGAGUCGUUCUUGGGCUCGUUCCAAUCCAUGGUGGAACUGUGUCUGGAUCACAACCAGCUGGUCUCUGUGCCAUCUGGCAUCAAUGAGAUGACCAACUUACACUUCCUCAGACUCAACGAUAACAACAUCAGGAGCAUCCCUGACGAAGGCAUCUGUGACCCCAACCACAGCGGAGACUCCACCCUGGUGGCCGUGAGGCUGGAAAACAACUACAUCGAUCCUCAGAAGACUUCUCCGUCAGCAUUCUCCUGUGUACGCUCCGCCUCCAGUGUGGUCUUAAAACCACAGAAAACCAAGUUACCACACAAAACCAAAAACUAAAAGACACGUUUAAUCCUCCAGAAACACAAAGACGCAAAUAUUGUGGUUUUGAUUUGCAAAGAGAAGUCAAAACAUUCAAUUCAUUCCCUUUCCUUGUCUCCUCUGAUGCUGUAUGUUAUUGAGAUGACACCCAAAAUCAUAAGAAAUUGCUCAGAAAAAAGGCUCUCACAUGAUUUACAGGUUGAACAUGGGGAAACCAAAUUUAACUGCCAAAAGACAGCUGAUGUAAUUUUCCUUAUUGAAAUGUACUGUUCCUAUCCUGCUCAAAUCCUUAGACUAAACCUCUACCAGUUGCAUUUAAAUGAGAUUUUCUUCUUCUUUGGCCCUAAAACACAGUUUCAGGUCUGGUAUGUUUGCUUAGCACUGUUUCCUGUUCCACCUUAACCUGGUAUGAAGACGACAGAACACCUUCAGACCUCAAAAUCAAAUACAUCUGUCUCCUUUAGUAACAUGUUAAACUCUCUCUAAAAUGGAAAGAGCUCCCUGCUCAUACACAGUAAAAACGAAAAUGCUAAUAAAGAAAUGGAAAGAAUUCGAUGAAAUGAGACCACAAGCCCAACAACAUUAUGUUUAACAACCUCGCCACCUUCAUGUUCCACUUCUCAGCUCUGUUUCUUCUUUCUCCUUCUUUCAUAAAAACUCUAACAUGGAAAGGAAUAGUGUGAUCACAUGUGACACAUGAGCUCUUUGUGUUAAAGAUGAGGAGCAGCAUUAAAGGGUGAAGUUAUAGUGAGUGCUGUUGAAGAGCUUAACCCUCUGACAGAUAAAGAUUCAGAAUAUUUAAUGCCCAUUUCCUCCAUCUUUUACAUUAUUUAUGUGCACUCCAGUGGACUGGAUCAGGCAGUAAUUUGCUCUGGUGCAGUUUAACCAGAUUUCUAUGGUGACGGAAGUUAUGAUUUACAGUUCAGAUUUCUCCCAUUGAUGAACCCCCAACAACAUACGCAUCAGGACAUUUCAACAUAUAGAGUGAAGCUGGGCCACGUUCGUAUUUAUAACUGUAGUUACAUCCCGAGAACUUCUAUUUCACCUUGUUCCAUUACUUAAUAGGAGACUAUUAAAUGCAGUUUCUGUGUUUACACGGUUUCAAAAGCUUUCCUAUAGACUUUCAUGGCGAUGGUUACAUUUAUGUGGACCAUGUAGUUUGAUAAAACAACCCUCUAACAAAUGCUUUUAAGAUGUGGAAGGAACCAUCGGCUCCAGAUUAUUUCUUUCAGACUGUAAAUUCAAAAUUUCAAAGUUUUCUUUUACUGAUGUCCUCAGUAUUCCUCAACACAGAACCGUUAUUUAACUAUACUAUACGUCUAUGUUUAUGCUUCAUUUAUCAACCCGUGUAACUGGAGUAUAAUGUAUUAAUAACUCAACAUCAGCACUGAGAGUGAAUAAAAGAAGCUUCUGCAGGUUGGGAGAGUAAGUCCUUUAUGUAUGAGUGGGGAAAAUGUGGAUUAAAUGCUCUUGUAUUGCUUUCUGAUUGAACCGUUGCUUUGAAUAGCAUUGACCAGAGGUACAGUGUGCCCAAUUUAAAUUUCAGUUACAGUUAAAAACUGUUAUACAUUUGCCCCUCACUUUGCUUUUGGCUGGCCAACAUGCAUAAAUUAUACGACAAAAUGUCUUUUUGAUGUGUCAAUAAUCAUAUACUACAAGUUAACAUAAUGUUAUGAUGGAGAAUUCAAAUAAACUUCA